UUCCUGAAAUACCAUGUUGCACACGGAGCUUACUAUAGCAAUGACUUAAAAGAUGGUCAAUUCAUACCUUCGCUCAUUGAUGGACAGUAUAUUCAAGUCGGUAUCCGAGUCGACGGCUGUAGGCGACGUCUGGUAGAGGCGAACGUAUCGCCGCUAUACAGGGCCGACAUCCCGGCCUCUAAUGGUGUCAUACAUGUCGUCGAUUGGAUAUUGAAACCUGCGGACAGAGACUGGUGUGAGAAUGUUAUACUUCCCCGUUAA